GAAUUUCGUGGAUUUUUGUAUAGAAAUGUGAUCGCCAAAAGACAGUUAUGUUGGUUGUGCAUGUGUUUGUUUUAUUGUGUUCUUCUCUGCACGUUUUAGUGACAGGUUUCCAGGAACCAUUUGAUGGUCCUGAAAAUCGGAAAUAUGAUGCCACCGGUGCUCCAUACAGAAAAUCCAGAGAAAUUCGAAAAGAUGCACGUGAAGGACGUCUUCUGUAUACAACUUCUGGAGAAUCUGUCGACCCCCGAAAAGGGUUGGUAUUUCACAAUCGUCCCAGCGAGCCUCUUCAUGACAUGUAUCGAAAAGGUUUUUCACAUUUGCACGUUCCAGAUUUUCAUCGGCAAGCUGUCGAAGAGAGGAUUCCAUCCCGCGGGGGUGGUAACCAAUCUAUAGACGAUAUCAUUAGUGGUAUCAUCCAUUUACUUGGCGGUGAUGUACAAGUUACUAAGCCAGGAACUAAAUUACCCACUGUCAUCUUCCCUUCUUCGAAACCGACAAGAAUAAACAAUAGAGGUCCAGCAGGUUUUGAUAGAUAUCCUCAUCGCGAUUCACCGAAAAAAUCUAAUCAAAGCUCGAUCUCUGAGACCUUAUCAUCAACCUCAUCUGUGAUAGAAAGCAGCAGCACUUCAGAAAAUCGGCUGAUUUUCCCCGACCAUACGGAAGUUAGCAAGAUUUUAGGUCUUUUUAAUGAUUCGUCAUCAACGUCUCAGUCUACAUCUACUGUUGAUGCAUCGACUUUCGUUGGUGGAUUUAAUAACAUUUCUUCAGGUGAAAUUGAAGUCGUUGAGAUUAUUCCAAGCUCUGAUUCAGGAAGACACUUCACACUCACAUCAUCUUCAUCAGAAAUAAACACUAUAAAAGAAACAACGCAAACAGAAAGCAGAAUAAUGCCAACGGGAGUUUUAACAGAGUUGGAUAGGAAUGGAGAUACUAUGCUCGAAACAGUUAUCGAAAAUAAAUUGCAGAAUUCAUCUUCGGCAACUGAAAAAAGUGACUUUGUGCCUCCUGAAUCCUCAACGAGAACAACAAUUAAUUAUACAGAGCUUCCCAUUAUUUUACCUUCCAUGAUAUCUUCGCUCACUACAAACAGCACGAGUCGAGACCUGCCAUCAGGGCCUAUAACUGAAUGGCUCCCUGUAGCAAGACCACCUGUAAGAAGCUCCAACACUACUGGAACAUAUAGACCUAAACCUGAAGAACCUGUUAUCAUAACUCGACCACCUGAUAAUUUUGAGAUUACAGUGACGCAACAAAUGUAUAGCAAUGUUUCAAAAACGGAAGUUCCUGUGCCUACUUUUACCAGUUUAAUCACCCCUUCGGAUGUAACAUCCACAACAGACAUUUCAGUGUCCAUUGUAUCCACACAAGUAGAUAUUAUUUAUGGAAGGCCUAGUAUGUCAGCCCGUCCGCCUCCACCUCCUCCUCCUCCUCCAACUGGAAGGCCGCAAGUUUAUCCUGUGGAUAUUAACGAAAUUCGACCUUCUCCAAGACCACCCAGCGUCCCAGGCCACCAGAUAUAUCAACGUCCUAGGCCACCAGAUAUUGGGAUAAAUAAAUAUGGAAAUGGCCUGAGACCAUUACCGAGACCUGGAAGUCAAGGUUCAGGAUUGCGCAAACCUCCCCCUUUUAGACCUCCACCACCGCCAUUGCCAGAAAUCAGGAUCGACACCUGCGUGGUCGGUGAUGAUUCAACUUGUGACGUGCAGCUGAAGGAACAGUGUCGAACGGAAAGGGGUGUCAGUUCCUGUUUAUGUCGACCUGGAUAUGGUCGAACGUUGGAGCGGAGUCAAUGUUUACCUGUAGUUUCCAUGCUGCUAACUCUUAAAGUUGCAAAGUUAGCGGACCAAAAUAUAGAUCCUUCGCAUUUUGUUCCCGGUUCACCAGAGUACCAAAAACUCAAUUUUGAAGCUAGUCAUGCGGUUUCUACCCUGUUUGGGUAUGGUCCUCUGUCAGAUGCUUACCGAGGGGCAGUUGUCAACCGGAUCUACUUCAUAGCCAAUCGGAUGGUCAUCAACAGUACUGUUCAUCUGUCCGAAUCCGAGGUGAGAGGCUCACUGCGGCAUCACGUGGAACACGCAGUGGCCACUGCUAUCAGCAACAGAGAGAACAGACUGGGCACCAGUCAGCUCUAUGUUAAUGGACCUCUCAGCGCUCUUGUAGAAGUGGAAGACCUCAACGAAUGUGGCGAUAAGGGGUUGAAUGACUGCUCAGAGCAUGCGAUUUGCGACAAUCUGUUCGGCACGUUUCAGUGCAAAUGUAAGCCUGGAUACACGGACAAAUUUGAAGGCGACCCGAAAAAUGAAGGACGAAUAUGCUCAGCAUGUUCUCCUGAUUAUUGCAACGGGAAAGGACAGUGCGUUGUUGUUCAAGGUCGGCAAGAAUGCAGAUGCAGAGGAAAUUACGGUGGGUCAAGAUGCCAAAUCGAUAACGAAGUUGUUGGUGUUUCUGUUGGAGUAUCUGUUAUUGCCAUCAUCGUUAUUGCUAUUACUGCUGGUUGUUUGUACCUUUGGAAUCGUCGUUGGAAACGCGCCCAUCAAAAGUCUGAAGCGUCCAAACAUGCUGGUUACAGACUCCAAACAAUGGCUGACCAUGUACGAUGGGGAACCACUAGUCCUCUAGGUAGCACAUAUGUGCCUUCCGAGUCCACCAUGCAACUAGCCCCUCCAAACCUCAGUGCGUCUGCCAGCCAGCUGUACGCCAUAUCGACCAUUCAACCUCCAAGGAGAAUCCAGAGGAACCAACUGUACGAGGAAGACAGCAAUCCCUAUGGACGCAUCAUCAAGACGCUUCAGCGACAUAACAGUCUGAAUCAUUCUGGUGGCCUCCAAUAUGACACUCUCGACUCAGAAUGCCCCUCUUCGGAAGAAAUUGGUUUCCCGUCUGUCCCAAGUAAUUCUUUUGUUUACCAUGGAACCUUUCCAGACAGAUCGAAUCUUUAUCGGUGAUGUCAUCUUUCUGUUAUCAAGGCAAGCUAGACUCGAGCACUUCGGCCAAUGCUUUUGUUCGGACGCAAGCUUGUGUUAAUUUUCUUGAUUGUUAUGCCUUAUUUUAGAGCAAAGACUAAUUGUAUUUAUUCACUCCUCUAUGUUUGUGAAUGUAAGAAUUUGUGUAGAAUUGUUAAUUUCUUAGUUGAAUAUUAUAAAGAAUGUAAAUAUUUUUUUUUUGCUGCGAUGUUUUUUUCA